AACGAGCUUAUAAUUUUUAAAAAAUUGUUGCUAGCUUUAAUGUUAUAUCGAGCAACAUUAUUUUCGUUUUUUAGUCGAAGGGAACUCGUAGAAUACCUAAAAAAAAAAAAUGGGAGUAUUUUUUAUUUUUAUUGGAUUCCUUGGCGUAUUUAUUUUUGCCAUCACCGCGUUGAUUUUGGGCGAUUUGAUGAAUGGGCAGGGAGAACGGGCCGGUCUCAGCUGGUUCCUGCACUCGAGCAGUCCGCAGAUGUGGGCCGGUCUCGGCGUUGGCCUCUGCGUAUCGCUCUCGGUUGUCGGAUCAGCGAUGGGCAUCUAUGCGACGGGGACCAGUGUGGUCGGAGGCGGAGUCCGAUCGCCACGCAUCCGAACCAAGAAUCUGAUCUCGGUUUUGUUUUGUGAGGCGGUGGCCAUCUAUGGCCUAAUCAGCUCGAUUGUGUUCUCGGGCAGUCUGCAAAAGUAUGAAUUGCGUACGGUGAUCCACAGCCGUGAAAAGAUGAACCAGAACAUGUUUACGGGAUUCGCCACCUUUGGUGCGGGCCUAUCCGUUGGCCUGGUCAAUCUGAGCUGCGGCAUUUGCGUGGGUCUGGUUGGAUCGGGGGUGGCGCUAUCGGAUGCAGCGAACUCGGCACUCUUUGUCAAGAUACUGAUUGUGGAGAUCUUUGGAUCGGCCAUUGGACUGUUUGGAUUGAUCGUUGGCAUUUUGAUGACAUCCCGUGCGGAAAUGAUCGACUAACUCUUGAGAGGACUAUGAAUUUUAUUAAAAACUACAAUAACUUA